CCCCGGCGGCCCAUCGGCUCGCAGGUCGCCCCGGGCGCCUCCGCCCACUCGCCCCAUUCCGCAGAGCGAGCCAGGCCGAGGCGCCGCUGCCCGAGUGUCGGAUCCGAGACGUGGCUCCCGGCAGGAAGAACCAUGUUGGAUUUUGCAAUCUUCGCCGUUACCUUCCUGCUGGCGUUGGUGGCAGCGGUGCUCUACCUCUACCCGGCUUCCAGACAAGCUGCAGGAAUUCCGGGGAUUACUCCAACUGAAGAAAAAGAUGGUAAUCUUCCAGACAUUGUGAACAGUGGAAGCUUGCAUGAGUUCCUGGUUAAUUUGCAUGAGAGAUACGGGCCUGUCGUCUCUUUCUGGUUUGGCAGACGCCUUGUGGUUAGUUUGGGCACCGUUGAAGUACUGAAGCAACAUAUUAACCCCAAUAAGACAUCGGACCCUUUUGAAACCAUGCUUAAGUCAUUAUUAAGGUAUCAAUCUGGUGGUGCGAAUGUGAGUGAAAACCACAUGCGUAAAAAAUUGUAUGAAAGUGGUGUGACUCAUUCUCUGCAGAGUAAUUUUGCUCUUCUGCUAAAGCUUUCAGAAGAAUUAUUAGAUAAAUGGCUCUCUUACCCAGAGUCCCAGCAUGUACCCCUCUGCCAACACAUGCUUGGUUUUGCUAUGAAGUCUGUUACACAGAUGGUAAUGGGUAGUACAUUUGAAGAUGACCAGGAGGUCAUUCACUUCCAGAAGAAUCAUGGCACAGUUUGGUCUGAGAUUGGCAAAGGCUUUUUAGAUGGAUCACUUGAUAAAAGUACUACUCGGAAAAAACAAUAUGAAGAUGCUCUUAUGCAACUGGAAUCUAUUUUAAAGAAAAUCAUAAAAGAACGAAAAGGAAAGAACUUCAGCCAACAUAUUUUCAUUGAUUCCUUAGUACAAGGGAACCUUAAUGACCAACAGAUCCUUGAAGACAGUAUGAUAUUUUCUCUGGCCAGUUGCAUAAUAACCGCAAAAUUGUGCACCUGGGCAAUCUGUUUUUUAACCACCUCUGAAGAGGUUCAGAAAAAACUUUAUGAAGAGAUAGACCAUGUUUUUGGAAAGGAUCCUAUUACUCCAGAGAAAAUUGAGCAGCUCAGAUAUUGUCGGCACGUACUUUGUGAAACUGUUCGGACUGCCAAACUGACCCCAGUUUCUGCCCGGCUUCAAGAUAUUGAAGGAAAGAUUGACAAAUUUAUUAUUCCUAGAGAGACCCUUGUUCUUUAUGCACUUGGUGUGAUACUGCAGGAUCCCAGGACUUGGCCAUCACCACACAAAUUUGAUCCAGACCGGUUUGAUGAUGAAUCGAUGAUGAAAACUUUCUCCUUGCUUGGAUUCUCAGGCAUGCAGGAAUGCCCCGAGUUGAGGUUUGCAUAUAUGGUGGCCACAGUUCUUCUGAGUGUAUUGGUGAGGAGGCUGCACCUACUUUCCGUGGAGGGACAACUUAUUGAAACUAAGUAUGAACUGGUAACAUCAUCCAAGGAAGAAACUUGGAUCACUGUCUCAAAGAGAUAUUAAAAUUUUAUAUGUUUAACUUUCUGAAGGAAAAUGAUGGUUUAGAAAAUCUAUAUUGAAUCUUUUUAUAAACCAAGUAAUACUAUACCUACUCAUACUUCAUUAUGUAAAUUUGGAUUUUUGUAUAUCAGAUUUUCUUAAUGCAUGAUAUACAUUUAUACUUUAUUGCAUCAAUAUAAUGAUAGUUCUAACAGGAAGCUCUCUAUUUUAAUUUUUGUUUAAUCACUUUCUGUUUUUUAGUUUUUGUUUUGUUUUAUCACUUUCUAUGACAGUAUCUUCAUAUUAUUUUUCUUAGUUUGAUCUCUAAAUUUCUUGAAGAGAGACAUUAUUUUACACACUUUGGGGAAUCAUGUUUUCUGAAUAUUCAUAAAAGGAAAACAUCCCAACUUCUUUUCAUACUUUACAUCACUUUAAAGGGGGAAAACAAGGACUUUCCAUAAUUUUAUUUCUUGAAUUAACAUUUUUAUUUUCUGAGUAUAAAUUAGUUUAAGUUUAAUCAUUGUUAUUAGGUUGAGUGACCUACCUUGUACUUGCCUACUUUUAUGCCUCCCAGAUAAUAGUGUUCAUUUCAUGACUUAUACAAAGCUCAUAAUUUUGAAUGGUUCUGAGUCAUUUGGAAACUACUGAAUGUGUUUUGAAGUGCCACCUAAGUGACAAACUAAGAUUGAGGCUUGUCUUACCUUCUGUUUUGCCGGAAAUUUUAGUAGCACUAUAUUACUUAACCAAUUCUUAUUUGUGGGAAAAACUGAAUCCCUAAUUUGUUGUUAUUAUGUCAUAUAAUGAACUUAAUGAUUAUGAAACAAGAAAGCACCAACUAAAAACCAAAACCAAUUUUUUUUUUUUUUUUUUUUUUUUUUAUGAUAGUCAUACAGAGAGAGAGAGAGAGAGGCAGAGACACAGGCAGAGGGAGAAGCAGGCUCCAUGCAUCGGGAGCCUGAUGUGGGAUUCGAUCCCGGGUCUCCAGGAUCACGCCCUGGGCCAAAGGCAGGCGCCAAACCGCUGUGCCACCCAGGGAUCCCCCAAAACCAAAUUUUAAAAAAGAAAACAAACAUUACAAAACAUAUGACAGGGAUAAUAUCCAUAUGAUAUACAUAUGAUAUAUAAAUAGCUUGUAUAAGUUGGUAAGAAAACAUAAUAGAUAAAUGGUCAAAAGACAUAAACAGCUUUUAGAGGAGGAAGUAGCAAUUCAACCUUUAGGAAAAAAGGUCAGUCUCACUAGUAAGCAAAGAAAUAUUGGGGCUAUUUUAAAAAUAUUUUAAGUGGCUUUGAAAAUUUACACCUUGUACUGAUAAGUUUUAUAUUUAGUACUUUUUAUUGAUAACACUGUAGUUUAGUCCACUUUUUUUGGUUACAUUGUUCUUGAGGAACCUUUUUUUUUUUUAAGACAACAACUGGAGGAAAUAUGCCAAGUGCAGAUAGAGAGGAAAGGGAGAAAAAUGAUAACUGUUUGCAAGUGGGUUUAUUUUUGACACUGCUCAAUUCCUCUUGUAAUUUUAGUUUCAAGACUACUCUAGUUAUUGAGUUAUUUUAUGCUGUGUUUAUGGUCAGAUAGCUAACAUUUUAAAACUAGUUAGGAGUGGUUAAAAUAGAUUUUAAGAGAUUAGAUGCCGCUUUUAUAUCUGAUGAAAAUAGUUAAUUUAUGGAAUAAUUUAAAUUCUAAAACUUUAAGUAAAAUGUAUUCUUAGUUCUCAGCAUCAUGUUAUUUCAAAAAGGCACACUGUUAAAUUCCCUCCUAUCAUUUUGUAUGGUUUUGUGUAUAUAGAGCAUCUUCCUUUAUUAUCCAAGUACCUUAAUUGGUUUAGAAACUGGCAGUGGAAAGUUAGAGUAGGCAAUUGAUACGUAGACCAAGUGUCAGUAAAAUCAGAUGAGAUGAGGAGAAUUUUAAAGCAAGUGAGACCUGAUCAGCAAUGAUAAAGGGAAAAAUAGGGCAGCUGAACAGAGAGUGAGGGAAUUGGCAUACUGCCAACAUAUAAGCCAAUGUAUAAUUACUAAUAAUGAUUUGAAUUAAGGAAAAUAAAAGAAUCAGGUAAAUAAGCAAAUUUUAUCUGUGGUUAUGUGACUAAACACAUUACACAUAAAUUAUCUUCUAGUGGAUUUUAAAAAAUAAAAAUACUGUUAACCAUGUA